CAACCCCCCCCCCUUCCUCGAGUGUUGAGUGCAGAGCGCCAUUUUAGAGAGGCAAAGGAAGUUGUUUUGUAAAACAACUUCAAACGCUAAGAAGGGGAAAGAUAACUAAUAUAAAGCUAAAUACUUUACGGACUGUUACUAAUAAUUUCGUUGGGUAAUACGUAGUCCAGAAAUACCAUUUUAGGGAGCGUUUAUUUUGAAUCUGUUGUUGGAAGGAACAGCAGCAGGCGAAUCCGAGGUCAAAUUGGGCCUAUUUUAGUAGGUAACGUUAGUUAGCGCACUGGCUGGUUGGUUAGCUUGCUAGCUAGCUAUUCAUUUUCUGGUCACAGAAGAAGCAGACGGGACGGUGGGACAAAUCCCCGCGGAGACCAUGGCAGACGAUUUUGACAUUGAGGCUAUGCUAGAGGCUCCAUACAGAAAGGAUGAGAUCAAGUCCUCUAGCGCUAACGGACAUGAGGAGCGCAGUAGUAAGAAGAAAAAGAGGAGCCACAGCAGGAGUAGUAGGAGCCCAAGCUCUGACAAGCGCAGAAGCAAGAGCAAAGACCGGAAGAAGAGCCGGGACCGGAAGAGGAGCAAGAGUCGGGAGAAGAAACGCAGCCGCAGUAAGGAGCGCCGCCGCAGUGGCUCCCAUAGCAGGGAACGCGCCGGGCGCUACAGAGGACACCGCAGCCCCUUUUUGGGGCCGAAAUUUAACGGUGGUCCGGGAGGGAAGAUUGGCCCACCACAUGCCAACAAACUAAGUCGGAGACGCUCAAGAAGUCGUAGUCCCUUCAAGAAAGACAAGAGUCCAAUAAGGCAACCAAUUGACAACCUGACCCCAGAGGAGAGGGAUGCCCGUACUGUGUUCUGUAUGCAGCUGGCAGCCAGAAUCAGACCAAGAGAUCUAGAGGACUUCUUCUCAGCUGUGGGGAAAGUGAGAGACGUGAGGAUGAUCUCUGACAGAAACUCAAGGAGGUCAAAGGGCAUCGCCUACAUUGAGUUUCUGGAGGCGAAUUCAGUCCCGCUGGCCAUUGGCUUGACUGGACAGAGACUUCUAGGAGUGCCCAUCAUUGUCCAGGCCUCUCAGGCUGAGAAGAACAGAGCAGCAGCAAUGGCCAACAACCUUCAGAAGGGUAAUGCUGGCCCCAUGCGGCUGUAUGUGGGCUCUCUGCACUUCAAUAUCACAGAGGACAUGCUGCGAGGCAUCUUCGAGCCUUUCGGAAGGAUUGAGAGCAUACAACUUAUGAUGGACAGUGAAACUGCACGAUCCAAAGGAUAUGGUUUCAUCUCAUUUGCAGAUGCUGAGUGUGCUAAGAAGGCCCUGGAGCAGCUGAAUGGCUUUGAGCUGGCCGGACGGCCCAUGAAGGUUGGUAAUGUGACGGAACGUACCGAUUCCUCCACCGCCAGCUCCUUCCUGGACAACGAUGAGCUGGAGAGGACGGGCAUCGACCUGGGCACCACCGGGCGCCUGCAGCUCAUGGCCCGGCUGGCAGAGGGUACUGGUCUUCAGAUCCCUCCAGCUGCACAGCAGGCUCUACAGAUGAGUGGUUCCAUGCACUCCUCUUCAAUCCACUUCAGCAACAUGGCAGCUGGUACAGACAUACAAGCCAGGCCGAACCCACCCUCUGAAGCUGCCACCCCUGCGAUGAACCUGGGUACAAGCAUGAACCAGGCCAUGAACCUCCCAACUCAACCACUGGCUACACACUGCCUACAGCUGUCCAACAUGUUCAGCCCACAGUCGGAAAGUGAGCCUGGCUGGGACGUUGAGAUUCAAGAUGACGUCAUGGAGGAGUGUAACAAACACGGUGGAAUUGUCCAUAUAUACGUCGACAAGAACUCCCCUCAGGGCAACGUGUACGUGAAAUGCCCCACUAUCCCAACAGCGAUGGCUGCAGUGAAUGCCUUACAUGGACGGUGGUUUGCAGGUAAAAUGAUCACUGCAGCGUACGUACCCCUCCCAACCUACCAUAACCUUUUCCCUGAUUCAGUAAUGGCCACCCAGCUACUGAUGCCUUCGCGGCGAUAAGUCUGCCAUGCAUGGAGUAGAUGUCACAACGCCUGUGGGCUUCAAGAAUGUACAUAAUGUUUGCUAAUAUGUUGGGAACUUAUUUACCAGAGUAGCAAAAUACUGCACCAGUCCACACAAUCUUCAUUCAGAAAUACAAAAGGUUUUGAAGGAUAUUUGUUUUAUUGUUCAAUCCGACAGCCAUCAAGCUGAGCUUGAGUUCUGUAUCUGCACAUUUCUGUAGGUGCACUUGAGCAAAUUACAUUGUGUGUUUCAACCUGUAUUGCGAAAAGGGUAAGGAGUUGUUCUACAGAUAUGUUAUACAGUGGGAAGUGGGUACUAAGUAGAUUUUAAGUUGACGCUGACCACAAAAGAACAACCCAUUUUGGGGACAGCCCCACCUCCUAAUUAACCUGUGAUUCUAAUUGCAGUUUGCUCUGUUGUCCUCAUCCAAUUACCACUUAUCAUAUUGUACAUUUAGUCAUUCAGUUGUGCUUUAGAAAUGUUAAUUUGCCCAGUAAGUUUUUGUCAGUUGUGUUAAAUGAAAAGAACGAUGAUCAACACCCAAAAACAGAUCUAUUUUUUUUGUCAACACCUUCAAGGUAUUCAUUGUGUUUGAGACCACUUUAAGUUUUUAACAUUUUGUAAUCAAGACUUGAUUUUGUAAACUCUUGAUUUAAAUGUACUAUCAAAAUAAGUGAUUUGGGUGGGUCAAUGUGAUGUGCAUUUUUGUCUUGUUGACCUUGGAUUGUUUCAUCUGAAAUGAAGGGGGAUGUGAAAUGUGUUUGUAAUAAAAGCCUGGUUUACAACA